AUGGCAACCGCUCAGAAGCAAAGGAAUUGUGUGAGUGCAGUUGUAUUUCCUAACAAAAUAUCUACUGAACAGCAAUCCCUGAUGCUAGUGAAGAGGCUCCUGGCAGUAGCUGUAUCCUGCAUUACAUAUCUGAGAGGAAUCUUUCCUGAAAGUGCCUAUGGAACAAGAUACAUGGAUGAUGUCUGUGUCAAAAUUCUGAGGGAAGACAAAAACUGUCCUGGCUCUACUCAGCUGGUGAAAUGGAUGUUAGGAUGUUAUGAUGCCUUGCAGAAGAAAUACCUAAGGAUGAUUGUCCUAGCAGUCUAUACCCAUCCAGAAGAUCCUCAGACAAUUACAGAAUGUUACCACUUCAAAUUCAAGUACACCCACAAUGGGCCACUCCUGGAUUUCAGCAGUAAGAAUAAAAGGAAUGAUUCCCCAAUCACCUGUGCAGACACCAAGAAAGCAAGUAUCCUCCUCAUUCGCAAGAUUUAUGUUCUGAUGCAAAACCUGAGUCCAUUACCAAAUGAUGUUUGCCUGACUAUGAAGCUGUUUUAUUAUGAUGAAGUUACACCAUCUGAUUACCAGCCUCCUGGUUUUAAGGAGGGUGAAUGUGAGGGGAUGAUAUUUGAGGGGGAGCCUAUGUAUCUUAAUGUGGGUGAAGUGCCAACGCCUUUUCAUAUGCUGAAAGUUAAAGUUACGACUGAAAAACAACGAAUGGAAAAUGUUGAUAAAAGCAUCCUAAAGCACGGAGAGACUAAUGUGCCCCUCCAGGUGCUCAGAGUGGACAGAGAUGAUCCAGAAGAGAACCAGGACAUGAAUGUAAGAGAAGAUCCUGUCUUGGAUAAUAAAGUGGAAGAUAAGAAUAAUGUAAAUAUUUCAGAAGCUCAAGAACCAAAUUUAACUUGUGAAGAGGGUGAAAGUACGAAGGCUGGAGGGAACCAGAAUCUGUAUGUUUCUAAUCCUCAGGUUGAUCAUUUGGCAAGUAAGACAUCUGAACUUAAUGUGUCAGAGAGCAGGACAAGAAGUGGAAAGAUAUUUCAAACCAGCGCUGUUCAUCACUUUGAACCCUCAUCUAGUCAAGAUGUGCUGCCAAAAAGGAGGAAGAUCAGUGAACCAAAGGAGCAGUUUUAG